AUGAUCAUCGACGUCGUGCUGAUCGUCUCGCUGAUUGCCACGUGUCGCGCAAUUCCGCUCGGCAAACAGACGGGCUAUGAUGAUGAGGAGGCUCGCAAAUUGCUCGACCUCGCCGCUGCCGCUUAUGGAACCGAACACGUCUCCUGUAUCAAUAGGAGCUUCGGAAACGGCGAGAACUACUAUAUCAAAGCGAUGGUGCAAAAGAAUUGCGACAAUUUGGACAGCACAUGCGAGGGAUUCGUCGUAGUCUCCGAGAACCUCCGACACAUCAUUGUUGUGUUUCGCGGCACGAAGACCAAAACGCAACUGUUGCUCGAAGGCUGGCAGUCGAUCAACGAGGGCGCCGACUUUUUCGGCAUGGGACCCGUCAACAAGUACUUCCUCAACGCCCAUCUCGUGCUGUGGCCCGACAUCGAGCAGAUACUGACCGACGCGCAGUACUCGUCGUUCGGCGUCACCUUCACCGGACACUCGUUGGGCGGCGCGCUCGCCUCGCUGGGCGCCGCGCGAACCGCCAAACAGGGCUAUCGCAAACGCGAGCAGAUCAAGUUGAUCACGUUCGGACAGCCGAGAGUCGGCACCAUCGAGUACGCGAGAAGCUUCGACGAAUUGGUGCCGAACGCCUAUCGAGUGGUGUUCCGACGCGACAUUGUGCCCCAUUUGCCGGCGUGCCAUAAGAACGACACGUUCAUCGGCGAGUAUGAAGGCGCGUCGAAGCCGUGUCAUGCCGAUCAUGACGAUUAUUAUCAUCAUGGAACUGAGAUUUGGUAUCCGGACGAGAUGAGCCGCGGCGCGCACUACGUCGAAUGCCUUGGCGCGCCGAAAAACGAGGACUUCAAAUGUUCGGAUCGCAUCAAGUUCUUCUUCGACCAAUCCGACAGCUACGUUUGGGACCAUCGACAUUAUUUCGGUGUCAAGGUUCCGCCGUACGGCAAAACCGGAUGCGAUCCGUCGCUUCCCGAAGGCAAGCCAGGACUCUUCGAGCAGGCCGUCCAUCGUCUCAACCUCCUUACAAGGACAAUUGGUCUCGACUAG